AUGACACAUAGAAUGGCGAGUCCCCCGGGCGGCGCGGGCGCACCCCGUGAGGAUUCCCCUCGCCCGCAGCCGCCCCCCCCGCCUCGCAACGGAACCUCUCCCAAACAAGGCGCGCUGACGAUAGUCCGUAGAUCGUCAAGCAAGUCCAAGCCAGAGUCCUCUCCUCCCACCGACGAGCAGUUGGACCAACUUGACCUGGACACUGAACACUUGCCCGCCGUCGACACGCCCGAUGCAUGCGAUAAAGCCGCUCUUAGAUUACGUUAUCUCCUAAGACAAAUAAAUAGAGGUGAAAUACCCGUUGAAACUCUACAAAAGAACAUUCAGUAUGCCGCUAAAGUGUUAGAAGCAGUAUACAUAGAUGAAACCAAGUAA